AUGAAGUCGACCGUCGUGAUUCUCCUCAUGUACCUUCUCCUUGCCGUGUCUUGCUUCGCUCUAGGAUCGGAGAAAACGGAUUCGGAAGUGUACGAGAUCGAUUACAGGGGACCAGAGACUCAUAACUCUAGACCUCCGCCGGAGACUUUGCACGGCAAGACACCCUACAUCCACCAUAAAACCUCAGCCGCUGGAUCCGCCGGUGCUCUUGUUGGAGGACAGAACUAG